UGUUUGCAAACCGUCGACGACGACGACGAAGAAGAGAGCAGUCACGUGCGUCUAUCCUGUGCGCAGCUGAUCGUGACGUCACUCACCAACAUGGCGGAGUGGAACAGAGGACAUGGCUCUGUGGAUGAUAUACUUGAUGCUGAAAAUAAACGGCUGGCAGACAACCUGGCCUCCAAAGUCUCCAGACUGAAAUCUCUGGCUUACGACAUUGACAGAGAGGUAGACGAUCAGAACGAGUACCUUGAUGGCAUGGACUCAAACUUCAUGAGUGCGACAGGCCUGCUCACUGGCAGCGUGAAACGUUUCUCCACCAUGGUCCGAUCUGGACGAGACAACCGCCGCAUACUGUGCUACAUCUCCAUGGGGCUGGUCGUGGUCUUCUUUGUACUUUACUAUCUGGUCUCCAGGAUCCACCACUGACUGGAGCUGAGACUUUAAACUGUGAGGUCAAAACUGAUUUAAAUACGACUUUUUUUAAGAAAAAAUUCUGCACCAAAGAAAGAAAACAGGGUGGAAACAGAAUUGAUCUGACCAGCAGGGGUGUUGGUCAGCUCACCUGGGGAAACAGUAGUGGGCGUGGUCAUAUCAGGAGACUCUAAAACAAGAAGGUAAUGACACGCCUGAAAUUUGGAAUCUUCCCGUUGGCCCUGAUUAUAUCCCGUCCUGCAGCAGUAAGUCCUAAUUUGGGCUGAAGAGGACAGAGCCUGGAUGCAGGAGAGGUCGGAAUCCCAUCCACCAUAUCUGAGUCUAAUAGGCUGAUGAACCUGUCAAUCAAGAGAAACUUUCCAAAAAAUAUGAUUCAUUACAGAGUGCCGUGUGUCUCACUUCAUGACGACACAAUAUUAUAAGGGCGUUUUCACACCUAGAGCUUGUUUACCUUUUCCAAAACCUGCCAAUGAGAACUUGGAGCUCUUCAGUCUUGUUUCAGUUUCUUUUCAUGCACAAAAACUCAAUAAAGGAGACCAAAAUGCAUCACGAAGAUUCAACAUUCACUGCAAUCAUUGGUCAGAUAUUUAUAAUACAGGAGUUAAAAAAGAAAAUAUAGAAAAAUAUAGGAAUGGUGUCUUUAUACUUGUCUAAACACCAGUCAGCCACCACAUUAAAAAUACAUGCACAUUGCAUUGACACAAGACUUGUGUUCAGUUUCCUGUCCUGGCCCCUGGGAUCAAACUGGCUACCUCAGUAGUCAGUAGCUGGUUUGGCCUGUAUUAUACUAUAUACUACAUUCACACAAAUGAGUCACACCAAGAGGAAACUGAAUCUGAGUCUGACACUAAUAAAGUCAGCAGGUGUGAAACAACCUGAAACUUUAGUCAACAUAUUUAAUCUGCCAGGCUAACAUUGUAUUUUUGAUAUUUCCCAUUGUCUUUAAAAAAAAAAAUGCAAAAAAGGAAAGGAAUGGAUUCCUGGUGAGACAGAAACAGAAAAGGUUAAAUGUUUUUUAUUUAUGUUAUUUUUUUCCUUUUAUUUGUCUUUAUUAUUUCCAGGUCAAAGAUCUGCAGAAGGUGAACCACCAAAACUAGUCAACCGCACCAGUACAAAAACUGGUGCCAUCUGCUUUUGGCUGGUCUUUGAUAGCAGAUGAUGUCACUGUGUUUUGAAGGACCGCUUUUAAGACUUUUGAUAUGUUCCUGUUAUGAGCAUCCUUUGAAUGAAUUUUUUUUCAGUGUGUUUGCACUCCAGACUGUUUUCUUUUAAUAAUAGGAAAUGUUGGGACCUGUCUUCUUUCUUAAGACUGUUCAUAUCUCUAUUGUUUUUAUUCCACAUGCAGUCACUGAAACAGACAUUUGGAUAUUUUUAAAAGUUAUAGAGUUUUACUUUCUGCUUGUACAGCACUGACAGAAAAUAUUCAUAAUAUCUAAUAAAUUGUUUAAAUUGUA